CUUUUUUGCAUGGUCGCCGCCAUGUUGUAUCACCUAAAACGACCAAUUUACGGUAGUCGAGCUACUUUACAUUACUGUACAGUAUAUUAAUAAUUGUGAUGCCCACUAAGAGGUCGUAUAAUAAUCUGAGAUAGACAAUAGCAUCGACGGACAAAGAUUCCGGAUUUUUUUUCGAGAAAAAAAUAAUGACCUUGUAAUGAACAAUGGCAACAGCGGAAGAAAAUCUGAAAAGCCAGUUCCAACUGCUACAAGAGCAACAACAACAGAAGCUUCUUAGAAGAAAACAACGCAAGGAAGAACAGCAGCGAGCUAAAACAGCCUCCUUGAUAUCUUCAGGAAACUCUGCCUUUGGUGUGUCAGACCAACUAGACUUAAAACUUACAGAGCCAAAGAAGAACAACUAUCUGUCUGACGAACUAGUAGACCACUUGAAUGAACAAAUCCGGGAGUUGAAGGAUGAGAACGGUCGUGUAUACAAGCUCCUCAGUGAGAGAGACUUUGAGCUGCGUAACCUUAAGAAAAAAAGGGAGGAGGAAAAGGCUGCUCUUGCGGCCACCGGAGGUCCAGUCACAAAUGAGACUGCAGGGACCAAGAUUGUGGAACUGUCCAAAAAGGUCAGAGAACUCACCGCUGAACUUGAGUCGGAGAAAAACAAGGGCCGACAACUUGCCAAGAAAUGUCAACAACUACAGCAACAGGUCACAAGUUCGAACAGUGACAACAAGUCCAUAAGGGCCUCCACCUUGAGUCUUCGGUCCAGUAUAGAUGAAAAGACUGAAGACCCAGGUGAGAUCAAGGUUCUACAGGACAAGCUGAGACAGAUGGAGUCUAAGAUGAUUGACUACCGUAACAGUAACACCUCGCUUAAACAGGAGCUCAGAAUGGUCACAAAGGCCUUAUCCCAAGAAAUAGGAGACAAUGUGAGUGUACAACAGUGUCUGAACUCCACCACCAGUUGGAGAGGCCGGGCUCAAACCAUCCUUCAGCUUCAGCAAAAGAACGAGGAGCUAAAGCAGGAAGUCCAACGUCUUCAGGGCAAUGUGUCAUCUACGGACUUAGAGGGUGAAAUGAUGGGGGGUAAAAAACGCUCCGCCAUUGACAGGCACAAGGAACAGCUCAAGAAGAUUGAGAAGGAAAAGAAAGACGCACAAGAGAAAAUGGCAGCUGAGAAGGAGGCAUUAGAAGAGGAUAACUUUGCCCUGAAACACAAACUGGAUGUGUCUAAAACCAGGAACCAGGUGCUUUCCAACGAGAUAAAGUCACUGAAAAAACAGGUGCCCCAGUUGCUGCAGAAGAACGAACAUGACAACGAACUCAUUGAGGCACUCAUGAAAGAACAGACAAAGCUACGGCAGCAAUUAGAUGAGGCCCAGAAGAACCAACACAACAUAAAGCUAGAGCAACAACACCAGAUCAACGAGAUGGCGGCAAAACAGCAGCACGAGAACAACGUAGUGGAGCAGCUCAAGGUCAUCGUGGGAGACAAGGAGAAUAAGGUCAAGGUCCUCGAGAAUGAGAUACAGCAGCUUAAACUGGCCCACAUCCAGAGAGCCCAGGCCAACAAGCUAUUUAACGUGAGUAACCAGGACCUGUCACAGUUGGAGGGCGCUACCCCCGUGUCCGUCCAGAAUGUCAUCAUUGACAGUCGACCUUCCACAGGGUUUGAGACCAUAGAUCUACAGUACCAGGUCGGCAAUGAGACACCUCAGCCUGAGUCCAGAAUGUCCAACAUGGGAGGUGCAAUGCCUGUUGGUGGGGAAAUCCCGACCAUGGCCCCUCUCUCCCGAUCCAACACUCUUGAAAUGGUAAAACCUCCUUCCCGGGCUCAAUCAAGGAACAGACCUCCUUCAGGAAAUAGGCCAGCUUCAGGAAAUAGGCCUGCCUCAGGAAACCGGCCUUCAUCUGCUAACAGGCCAGCUUCUGCAAGCCGUCCUAUGGAUCAACAGAUGAUGGCCCAGCUGCAGUACCAGUGUCAGGAAUACAAGACAGUUGCUCAGGUAGCAGAGGUUGAAAGGGAUAAACUUUCAGAACUCACAAAAAUCCUACAAUCAAGGUGUGACGAGAGCACAGUGAGGCUGCAGGAAUGUCAACGGGACUUGGUGGACCAGCGACGGAAAAAUGCUCACCUUGAAAAACAGAUCGGCAGAGUCAACAUCGGCAGUGCCUCCACGCGCUCAGCUGGAAACAUGUCAGCACGUAGGAAGUCUGCACUAACAGGAAGUGUGACCAGCCUUCCCACGAUGCCUGAGGAAGAGGAGCCAUCCAAAAUGUCCAUGGAAGAACUUGUUGUUAACCUUGAAAUACAGAGGGAUGAGAAUGACGCCUUAAAGACAGCUCUCAAGACAACUUUAAAGGCGAAAGAAGAAGAUAUGAAAGUGUAUAGUGACACCAUAGAAGAGACGAAAAAAGUAUUCCUACAAGCGUUAAGACAAUAUAAACAAACUGUUCAUGGAACCUAGCAUACAGAUUGGAAAAAUAUUUAAAUGAAAUCAUAUUGAUAAUGUUUUGUGUUGUUGCGUAUGUUUUGCCAGUAUAUUCUUUGGAAGCGCUUAAUGCAGUUAGAAAUAUGUUAUAUUACACAAUUAUAACAAUUUAUUUACCUGUUAGUGUUAAAGAGCUAAAGUUAUGUACCUGUAAAACUCUGAAAACUGAAGUAACGUUUUACAAAAACUGAAAACUGUACUAGUGGGUACGUUGGUAAAUUUUGUACUUGACAGUUGAAAUAAAAAUUUCAUAGACAUAUAUUAUGACAUGUCGCAUGUUUCAAGUGUAAUACAACCAUUAGGUUUUCUCUUUACUGCAUUAGUAUAGUAUAAGUUCACAUUGACGCCAUUUCUCCAUACUCACUUAGCAUCAAUUUUUAACAAAAAAAUAAACAAAAUCUUCAUGUGAUAAAAAUAAUCUUAUAUUUGUUGCUUGUUACUUGUUUCGUAAAGUUUCGUAUUAAAUGGCAACUCAUGUAAGAUCGUAUAUGAUUCUGAUACAUUGACUCUAAAGGCCUGUAUACACGAUGAAAACCCUGUUUUAUUCUUGGAAAUGAAAAAGAAAUAGAAGUUCCAGGGUAACCCUUCAAAGGCAAGACUGCUUGUGUUGUUAUUUUAAGUAUUUUUUUUUUUUUUAAAUUUUCAUUCAGAAAGAUCCUGUUGUUUUAAAAUUACAUUUUAGCAAAAACCAUUGUCUGUACUGCGUGUCAUUUGCUGAAAUAAUGGGGAAAAGGAAUUCGAAGUCAUGUGAUUUUUUUCUUUAUAUCAGUGAGUUUUAAAUAUAAUGCAAAUAUGUUCUGUUGGCUUUCAAGAUGUUUCAUUUUCAUUUUUAUUUGUAAAAUAAUUUGACUAUUUAUUUGAAAAGAUUUUAUUAUAUAAGGUAUUUAAUGUACAUAUAAGCUUGGCAAGUCAUCCAUUGGCAAUGAUGUUAAAUGUUGAUACCUGAUAAUCCCAUGUAAUUUUGGUAUUAUUGUCAAGAGUAUUCCUUACUGAUUACUAAUAUGUAAAAUAUGUCUCUGAAUAAUCAUUACAGAUAAUCUUAUGGCAGUUUGCAUUUUUUCUUCAUUUCAACUAAAAUCAGAAGUGAAAUGACCAAUAUCCAAUAUUUCAAGGUCAAACCCGUUAGUUUUUAAUACUUGUAUACGUAUAAUAUUAACAUGAUCUUUCUCUUCACAUUACACCAAAUAAUAUGGGAUCACCAGGUAUCACCAUUUUAAAGUAUUGUACAUUGAAUACCCUAAUGAAUGUGCUUUCUUUACUGUGAUGUUAUUUAUAGUAUUAUUUUUUUACAUUCCAUCCAUUGCUAGAAAUUGCUGGUGUUGCUUUGUGCGUGAAGUCUUCAAACUCAAAAUCCUUGUUAGAUAUUUUUGUACCAAAGAUAUAUCUUGUAAGAGCACUUAUAACAGACAUUGAUUUGAAUCAAGAGUUGUCUGGUAUUGAACAACUUCAAUAAUCAAUUUGCUGUCUCUUCUGAUUGUUAAAUUUAUCAUUCAUUUAUAAUUUAACAUUGUUUGCUUUUUACACUUAAAGAACAUUUCUGUGUAGUUUAGUCAAACAUAAAUAGCUAUCACAAAUAUAUAUUGAUCUACAUGGUAAAGUUUAAAUUUGUUUGAUUUUCUUGUUACUUUUACUGAGAUUUAAUGUUGUCAUUGCAUACCAACAAGUUUCAUGUUGUAUACGAUAUAGGUUUAUCAUUUUAUAAUUUAUUGUAUGUGCAAAUUUUAUUUGGUUGGCUUUGAAGAUUAUUUGUUAUUCAAUUAAAAAUGAUGGAAGAUGUGAUUACUAAAAUAAAAUAUGAAUAAAAUUG